AUGCAAUCGGAGCUGGGUCGCCGCUCGCCGCUCCGAGAACGUCUUCAUUCGCGGCUGGAACGUGUCUCGCCAACGGCUGCCUUCGCUCUGGUCCCCGAGGCUGUAGAGGAGCCGGGGGGAGAGGAGGACUGCCUCCGCCAGCUGCAGCCGUGCAGUCGUGCAGAGAUCCGUCAAGAAGAUCCCCCCCCCCCAUCUCUCUUUCCUUGCUUCUUCUGUAUUGGAGAAAUUGGAGUGGAUUUUGCUAGCAAGAUGAAGGGUUGCCAGAAUGACUGUGCGGAUGGAUGCUCAGCAGCCGCUGCAAAACCCGUGACCGAAUCUUUCAAGGCUGACGAUCUUGUAAUCAUUCCAUCUACCACGUUGAAGGAGAAGCCAGACCCAAAGGGCCUGGUGUUUGGAACAGUUUUCACAGACAACAUGCUCUUCAUCGAGUGGUCUUUAACUUCAGGAUGGGAGGUUCCUCAAAUCAAGCCCUUAGAGAAUCUCUCUGUGCACCCAGCCAUCUCAGCAUUGCAUUAUGCUGUAGAAGUGAGUACAGCAACAGAAUGAAGAGAAACUCUUCAUCCUUCAUCUUUGUCAUUAAAUUAAAAAUCCUGUUCUUGUCUUUUAUAAACCAUGCUUCUUUUUGUUUCAGGUCAGUGCAAAGGCUCCAAAGGGUAAUCUUUCCCAACAUUCUCCAGUUGCAUUGGAGUUUAAUUUUCAUCAUUCCCAUCCAUCAUGGCUGGCUAGAAAUGAUGGAAGUUGAACACAUCUGGAGAACAUCAAGUUUGGAAAGAGUGAUGAUUGAUAGAGAGGGUGAGGAAUGAAAAGUGAAUGGAUAAGGCCCAGAUUUUGAAGAUAGUUGUGCUGAUCUGCAUCUUCCCCAGGAAUAGGUAAUUGAGGGAAAUGUUUGAUGUUCUCCCACUCCCGCUGUCCCUCAUUGGCUUCCACUUACAGGUGGUAAGGAAAUGCCAGUGCAGUGUCACAUCAUUUAAAAAAAUGCAAUUGUUGGAGAUACAUCAGUCAUCAGAACACACACAUCACACUUUAGCUUACACUCUUCUCCUGAGAUGCCAGUAAGAAGGCAUUGUUGAUGGUUUAAACAUCACACUAAACCUUAAUUUGCUCAAACAUGGUUUUCUUGAAUGAACCAACACUGUGUUAAGCAACAAUCACAGGUUACAAACCACAGUGGUUGGGUUUGCAAGACAUAUUAACUCCAAACCAAUCCUCAUUAUGGUUUAGUACAGUGUUUGAAAUUAGCCAAGAAAUGUCCAAGGUAAUCACAUUUAUUCUCUGGUUGGUCAAAUGGCCAAAGAAAAAUUUGUGAUGCUCUUUCUUCAUUCAUGACAGCUAUUUAAGGCUCUUGUGGUUUAUUACUAUAGCAGCCAAUAUGUAAUGUUUAUUUCAUGGCCGAUAGUGUGACACUGGGGAUGCAAAUGGGGACAACUGUUAGAGUUUAUCAUUACCCCAAAUGCAGUUCUUCACAACUGCAAUAUCAGUCAAGGCAUUAAAUAAGAAUGUUACUAAUCAGAGAAGAAGCAAAUUCUGGGAAAUACACUUCAUCUUCCUUAAUAUACAAUAAUUCUGCACGCAUAUGACAGGAAGCCUUACCCUUUCUUUCACAUUAUUUAUAGGGACUUCCCAUUGUCUCUUCUUGAUUCCCAGUUAAUGUUAAUUCUAUUCUUUUAUUCUUGAGAUAAGAGUACAACUGUGAAUGUCCCUAUCAACUAUUCAUCUGGAUCCAUCCCCUGGCCUAUUUUAUGUUGUAAAUUGAUUGAAGUGUAUGAUGAUGAUUUAAGUUCUCUGAUAUGCACGUUGUAAAACCAGUAGGUGAACAUGCUUAGGUAAUGUGGGCAUGAUGAAUUUAUUUUAUUUUGUUUAUUUAUUUACAGUAUUUUUAAACUACCCCAUUCAGUUAAGAUUCUGUAUGGGGUACAGCAAAGCAAAAUAAAACACAAAAGAAUUAAACCAAUCAUUCCAGUAAACCAAGAACUCUAGUAAAUCUUAACCCCACUAUUCAUGGCUGCUUAUCUGAGGUUUUACACUAACCAUGCCACCUAAACCAGGAAUGGCUGCUAUUUUAAGUUUGUGGAAACUAGAAUUUGUAAUCUGUGAUAAGCCUUGAUUUCAAAUUCUGGUUUCUGAAUAAAAUGGAGGCAUUUUGGGUUCAGAUAUUAUAGGCCUUUCAUUAAAGACCUGCUACCCUUAAUGAGACUUUUUGGUUUAGCGUGUCGUGCACUCUGUGAUUUAAGGCUAAUUCACACUUAUACACCCAUCAUUUGCAAAACUGGAGUACUUACAGAUGAAAUGGGUCGUUUCCAGCAGAAAGUAUUGUGUUUGCAAUGUAGUGAAUGUGCUAUUUAUCAUGUUUGGUCAUAAUGGCCUAUCUGUAUACAAGUUAUCAUUCAAUGCUGUGGGUACUAGAAAAUAAAGCAAAUUUUGAAUGAGCUUUUGGCCUCUCUGCCCAAGCAGACUGCAUAUGCCAGAAAGCAAGUUACCACAUGCACUGAAGUGACUAGAUAGCCACCAGAAGCCAGCGUGGUUAACGAUCAAGGUGUUUAGGGCCCAAAGUUUCCAAAUCUUAGUCCAAAACACCAACACAGGGUUAUAUUCCAUUUGUGUCAGAGCCUUAGUCAAGGGCACGUUUUGGGUGCCAGAAAGCUUGAGGAGAAAACGUGGGGCAAUUCUUCCAAACCCCUUUAUUUUUCAUCUCCCUCUCUUGCAGUGUUUGUAACUAUUAAAAGACUUAAUCUCAAUAAUUAAAUUAUUAAACACAACCUUAUUCAGAGUUCUGUACUUCUGGUGUUUUUCAAAGGUGGUGGUGGCAGUGGGGAAGAGAAUCUGGACCCCCAGCCCCCUUUUUGCCCCCUUAACCUCUCUGAGUUUGGGAAGACUCCAUGGGGAUUUUUUUCAUUCCUUUCUGUUUUGAUUGAUUUGUUUUAAGAUAUUUAUCUUGCCUUUCAAAGGCCAAUAUUGUGAUAUUUUUCAGCCUUCCUGGGUGAGGAGAUCUAGAUGUAUUUGGGGCUUGGUCUUUUCCCAAGGAGCAGAGGAACCACGCUGGAAUUUUUAGGCAUUUGUCUCUCUCUCUCUGAGUAGCAUUACUGCUGUACAACCCAUUAUCUGAAAUCCUUGCUGCUAACAAUGAAUAUGCUCUUCUUUCUUUUUGUUUCCUCAUCUGCAUAUUUCCCCCCAUUGUUUUCAUUUUUAUUUCCUUUUACCCUUAUUGCAUCACGUUUCCUCUAGCCAAGAGGAGUGACAGAGGCGAAACUGCUCCAAAUGCUAUGGCUCAAUGAAUACACAGUGGGUAUAACACAAGAUGAAAUGUUCCUUCCUUGUGAUCUGUGACUCCUCAGAUAAUCUGGCCUCUGCCAGUUGGUGGAUGGUCUAGUUGAGUCUUCCUCAACUUGGGCACCCUCCAGAUGUGUGGGAACUAGACUUUUCUAGUUGGCGUGUCCAGUUCUGGCAGUGGAAGUCUACACAGCCGGAGGACGGCCAGGUUGGGAAAGGCUGGUCUAGCUGUGUGUUGUACAGACCAGUUACAGAGAUCAAAUGAUGAUGAUUGUUCUAGUGUUUAUUUCUGGGGAUCCAUCAGUUACAAAGUUAACUAAGACUUGACAACACUGUAAUGUUGCUAAAACAGAUGAGUCUGCUCACAAAGAGAGAUCAUGUGCUAGACAUGAACAGCCGGAAGCAGCAGUUGUCCACAGACUUCUGAAAGUCUAACCAAAGUUCUUGACCAAGUUGAGUAGGUUGGGAUUGCUACUGAGUAGGCAUUACCUGAAAAGUUGUAAUACAGAGAGCCAGUGUAGUGUAGUGGUUAAGGUGAUGCACUAGAUAUGGGGAGACCUGGAUUCUAGUCCACCUUUAGACAUAGAAGCUCACUGGGUGACUUUGGGCCAGUUGCUCUCUCUGAGCACAAAAGCCAGUGUAGUAAAGUGGAGAAGGUCCUGGACUAGA